AACCAAACCCAUUGCCAUCGAGUCGAUUCUGACUCGUGGCGACCCUGUAGGACAGAGUAGAACUGCCCCAUAGGGUUUCCAAGGAGCACCUGGUGGAUUCGAACUGCUGACCUUUUGGUUAGCAGGUGUAGCUCUUAACCACUAUGCCUCCAAGGUUUCCAAACAAGACAAACAUUUAUUAGUGGUAAAAAUCUGUUAGUGAACUACGAAUUGAAGGGAUCUUCAUUUUACUUUAUAUAUAUAAAAAGGGCAUCUUCAAAAAAUUUUCAUCAUAAUGCUGAAAUGUUAAAGGCAUUUCCUUUAAAAUUCCUUCAAAAAUAUAUAGUAGCGAGUAAAAGUCAGAAACCAGAGGGCCAGUGAAGAAGCUAAGGCAAUAGUCCAGGUAAGAGAUGCUGGUGAUGAGACUAGGAUAAAGGCUACGUGCUCGAUUCUGAAUAGAUUUUGGAAGCAGAACCACCAGCAUUUGCUGACAGAUCAGAUGUAUGGAGUGAGAGACAGUGAGAGGAGAAGGACCAUCCUGAAUUUUCUGGUCUGAGCUGGAAGAACUGAGCUGAUAUUACUGAGAAGGGAAAGAUGGAGGGGUGUGGGCAAGCUUGGGGAGACAAUGAAGAGCUCUGCUUUGAACAUGUUUGUAUUGGAAGCCUGUAGACACCCAGUGGAGAUGCCAGGAAGGCAAGAGAGAAAACCGUGCUGGGGAUUAAAAUCUGUGUAUGUACAAAUGUGUAGAAAUUUGAAAAAGCAUAUUACCAGUUACAGGUGAUGUUAUAUAGAGUGAUGGGGGUGGAGAGUUCUUAGGAUGGAGGGGAGUCAGGGCUUUCUGAGGUGGAGUAACAGAAGUGAAAAAUAUGAGGCAGCCAUGAAGAAUAUGGGAAGAAGUGUUGCAGACAAAAGUAACAGCAAGUGCAAAGGCCCUGAGGUAGUCCUCCUGGGUGGGAAUUUUUCAGGCAUGGCUCAGUGAGGACUGUUUACCACCCUGCAAAACUGGCAUCAUUAACUUUCUUACAGGAGGCUGAGGCUCCCAGUCUAUCCAGAGCAGCCCAGUUUAGGCAAGUGUGUCUCUUGAGAGGAAGGAUUUUGGGACAGUGGUGCCCUCUGCUGGCCAGCUCAAAUGUUAGCUCCAGCUCCAACAAUAAUAAAUGAUAACUCGAAACUCACUGCCAUGAAAUCGAUUCCAACUCGUAGCAAACUUAUAGGACUGAGUAUAACUGCCCCAUAGGGCUUCCAAGAAGCUGCUGGUGGAUUUGAACUGUCAACCUUUUGGUUACCAGCCAAGCUCUUAACCGCUGUGCCACCAGGGCUCCUAUGAUAAUUAUAGCUCUGAUAAUUAGCUGUUUGGUAAAGUAGAGGAUCAACAUAAAUGAGGGAAACCGUCAACGAGAUAGAUGGACACAGUAGCCGCAACAUGGAUUCAGACAUACCAACGGUCAUAGAAAUGGGACAGAAUCAGGCAACAUUUCAUUCUGUUAUACACAAAAUCUCCAUGAGUCUGAGCUGACUCGCCGGCAACUAACAACCACCACCAUUAUUAGUGGAACACAGCCAGUGCUCCAUCAUUCUGUGACCCAGCCUCUCUCACCCCUGUGCGGCUGGAGGCUGGCACUAUCUAGGGGAUGUGCACGUAGGUUUCCACGGAAUGAAUGAAUGUGGCUAGGUUCUGGGCCGCAACCUCCCCACCCGUAAAUCUGGGAUUUCUUUUUUCACUGAAUAAACUUGUCUUUAUUGAACACCUAUUAUGUACAAGGUCUUGUUCUAAGCUCUUGGAACAAAGCAACGAACAAUCUGCACAAAAGUCCCUGCCUUCCUGGAGCUGACAUUCUUGGGAGGAAACUGACAAUGAAUAAAUAAUAAAUCUGGAAAAUGUUUAUAGAUUGUGAUAAGAAGUCGUAGAUCUCUCUGAGAUGGCCUUCAACCUGAGACCUGGAAGAUGAGAUGGGAAUUGCUAAGGCUAGAGGGCCCCAGCAAAGGCCAUGAAUCAGGAGGUGAAGGGUAGAGACUGGUGAUAAUAACUCUAAAAGCAAUUGCAAUUCUCCCUUAUUGAGCACCAGGUGCCAGUUCCUGUGCAAAUAUCUAUACAACCAAUCAUUUCCAUUCAAUCUUCACGGCGUCCUCAUGCCGUGAUUUGCCGGAUUGGAUGGAGGAGAAAAUGAUGACGCAGACAGGAUUUGGUUGUAGAGCUAGUAUUAGAAGCUGAGACAACUGGAUUCUUCGGGAUAACGAGCUGCAGGAGGCAGAGAACUAGGCCCCCAGCGGGUGCGAGCGCACCAGCAACCGUUGUCAUGGUUUCCCUGACGCUCUCCCCGCAUUUCGGCCUGCGUCUCGUGUCACGUGACUGGAGUCAACAUGGCGCCGCCCACGCUUUUCUUUGCCCACGUGGUUCCGGCAGCCAAGAUGGCGGUAGCAGCUAACCCGACUUCCCUGGAGUCGGCCCCGCGAAUCUUGCGGCUGGUGGCAGAGUGCAGCCGCUCCAGGGCCCGGGCGGGCGAGCUGCGGCUGCCGCAUGGGACGGUGGCCACUCCGGUGUUCAUGCCAGUGGGCACGCAGGCCACCAUGAAGGGCAUCACGGCCGAGCAGCUGGACGCUCUGGGCUGCCGCAUCUGCCUGGGCAACACCUACCAUCUGGGUCUGAGGCCGGGUCCUGAGCUGAUCCAGAAAGCCCAUGGUCUCCAUGGCUUCAUGAAUUGGUCCCACAACCUGCUGACGGACAGCGGCGGCUUCCAGAUGGUGUCCCUGGUGUCCCUCUCUGAGGUGACAGAGGAAGGCGUCAGAUUUCGCUCCCCCUACGAUGGUGCCGAGACCCUCCUGAGCCCUGAGAAGUCUGUGGAGAUCCAGAAUGCUCUGGGCUCGGACAUCAUCAUGCAGCUGGAUGAUGUGGUCAGCAGUACUGUAACGGGGCCACGCGUGGAGGAGGCCAUGUACAGGUCAAUCCGCUGGCUGGACCGGUGCAUUGCAGCCCAUCGGCGGCCGGACAAGCAGAACCUCUUUGCCAUCAUCCAGGGUGGGCUGGAUGCAGAUCUCCGGGCUACUUGCCUUGAAGAGAUGACCAAGAGGGACGUGCCAGGCUUUGCCAUCGGGGGCCUGAGCGGGGGCGAGAGCAAGGGCCAGUUCUGGAGGAUGGUGGCGCUGAGCACCUCGCGACUGCCUAAGGACAAGCCCAGAUACCUGAUGGGGGUUGGCUAUGCCACCGAUCUGGUGGUCUGCGUGGCUCUCGGAUGUGACAUGUUCGACUGUGUCUUCCCCACACGGACGGCGCGCUUUGGCUCUGCCCUGGUGCCCACUGGGAAUCUGCAGCUAAAGAAGAAGCAGUAUGAGAAGGAUUUUGGUCCCAUCAACCCUGAGUGCACCUGCCCCACCUGCCAGAAGCACAGCCGGGCCUUCCUGCAUGCACUGCUCCACAGUGACAACACCGCCGCCCUGCACCACCUCACUGUCCACAACAUUGCCUACCAGCUGCAGCUGAUGAGUGCUGUGCGAGCCAGCAUCGUGGAGAAGCGCUUCCCCGACUUCGUGCGUAACUUCAUGGACACUAUGUACGGGGACCCCACCCUCUACCCGACCUGGGCCACCGAAGCCCUGGCCUCUGUGGGAAUCACACUGGGCUGAGCUGGCCAGGGGGCUUCCGGCAUUGGGGGAAGAGGGAGGGACUGGAAGAUAUUGAAGGUUUGGUUUUUUCAUUCUAA